GAAAUUGAUCUUUUGAUCUUGUCAACUUGCUUUACAUCAAAGUGGCCUUAAAUCACCCGAGAAAACGGUUGCACUACAUUUGUGCUUUUUACUUUUUCCAAGUGAGAAUUCAGGUCCCUGGCGUAUAUGAGUCAUGCUACAAGAUCCAUCCUAAAUGUAAACCAAGCUUUGUGCCUGUCACCCCGCCAGUUUAAAGUUUCUCCCCCUGCCAAGCUGCAAUGUAAUACCCAAAACCCAGAUCUAGAUAAUGCAGUACACAUGGUGUAAGUACGGUGGCUCUGUCGUUAGUAAACACAAUUUAGCAAUCAAGACACGUACUAAGAAGGUACGUGUUCAGAACUGCAGCGGCUGACCAGAUCUUAGGCUGAAAGGUCUAAGAAAUACGUUCUAUGUCUCAUAGUGGUAUCUUUUCUGGAAUUAUACCUUACGUUUCAACAGUGUAAGUGGGUCUAAGCUUUGGUUGUUUAUCGAGAUAUCAGACCACGCCCUUCACGAUGAGGUGGGCGGAGCUAUUGGACAACAUAGAACGGGAAGUGAAUGAGGUUUUCCCUAACAAGAGGUAUAGGCUGGAUGUGCUGAAGGAACACAUUCACAACGGACCGAGCACACUUAUAGACAUCAAGGUGACCGACAAAAUAUCGGGAAAACGUUUGCUGAUCGACUGCCAUCAACUCAAGAGGAAAGAACUGCGAAUCCAGGAAAUCGACUUUCUCGCGAAUUAUGCCCUUGACGAGGACUGCACGCAUGCCGUACUCGUAGCGUCGGUGGAUUCUAGCCUCGCUGACCAAGUCCAAGAACAUGCAGUACGUAUGGGAGUCGCUGUGGUGCGCUUUCAACCUACCACGUUCAGACACAAUAUCGGACAGGUCUUCAACAACGCGGUGGUACUUCAGCAGAAAAAGCAACAUGACGACACAAGGUAUGAUAAUACGUCAUUGAACUUGAAAUCGACGGCCUGGAAACAUGCGCAGAUUGAGGAAAACUUUGCAAAAUCGAAAGCAAAGACAGGUGUUCCAAGGAAACGUUAUUGCAGAAAUGGCAAUGAGAGAUACCAUCACAAUUCGGAGGGGGUGCCAUAUUCUAAUGUAACACCCAGGGACUUAGUCUCAAGUUCAUGGUGGCUGCGAAAGGGAACGUCGACUCUCUGGAAAACGGGUACGAUUCAAGUUCAACCCUCUGACGUUUGGCAAAUUCAUCAUGUACCAGACCCCCAACAGUUGCCUCAGAAUUUCUGUGAAGAUCUGAGUGACCAACCUCAGCUCACUUUCCAUUCCGCACCAAGGGCCGUUCCAAAACAACGGUACAGAGAUAUUUGGGAACACAGACAGAGUCCGAUAUGGUUGUUCAACACAAGGUUGCCAAGGAGUGUCAAUCAUGUUUCUGAGGGGCCAAUCACACCUACCGUAGUGGUACAGCCGUCGCAUGGACCGACUGGAGGUUUUGUACCGGCGGAUACAUUCCCCGCACAGAGGCACACCAAAGUAGAAGAUAGCGCCCAUUACAGUCUUUCGGGGCGCACUUUCACAGCAACCACAAAGUCUUCACCACCAAAAGCGGAACAUCCUAAAGCUAUGACUGAAGACCCGAAUACCUCUUACAGUGGUGCACUCACUCCAAAGACAGCGUCUCUGACUAUGAUGGAAACGAUGCGAGGAAACCUGACAAAGUUGUUCGACGAAACUUCGCAAACUCCAGUUUCUCAGGAAACCGCAAGACCUACAGGUAUUCUUCAAAGUCAGCCACAGAACUACGGGACCAAUGACGUCAGCAUUGUAUUGCGCUAUCCAAAGGUUGUAAAACAUCAGGUACUGGAGCCAAUCGUAACUGUCGUGGGCAAAGUUGGUGAGGUUGCUCUGGUAAAGACCAUGUCAGUAGCUCUGCUACAGCUGAAAACAAUCCUUGAUACGUUGUUUCCAUUGGUAGAAGUGUUCCCACAACAGCUUGUGAACACCCUGGCUUAUAGUGUACAUCUUGUACGUGUGACGUCGACACUGAUUCGAAGGACACCGCAGAGACACGCAAAGAAACCGAGGAGGGCAAAAUUCAACACGCGUAGCCUCGCGCCUCAGAGCAGCCAUGGUGGUGGCAGGUUAUUGGUGCAAGGGUGGCGACCAAUCCCAUCUCUGCAAAACUUUCAACCAAUGGGGAGGCAGAAACGACAGCCAAUCAAAACGCAAGGCGCUGCAGAUGUACAUGUGUGUCAAGUUGGACGACCUCAGCGACAUGGUGCUCAUGUUCUUGAAAGCCAAAAUGACCCGGAGGCAACUGAAGAUGAACAGAGAAACGGCUUCAGCGAAGGUGACCAAAAUGUCCCCGCAGAUAGAGAAGAGGGCCCACUUCAUUCCCAUGACUCACAGUCGUCUGUGUCUGAAGUCACCCCCGUUAAAUCGGAGCCAAGUGGCGAUGAACAGACCUACAACUCUUCCACAAGUCACACCAGCGAUGUUGAAUCUCUAAGUCGCAAUGUUGAAUCUCUAAGUCGCAAUGUUGAAUCUCUAAGUCCUGUGAAAUCAGAACACUUAGAACCACAGGCCCUCGAAACGUCUGUAAAGGCUGCGUCAACGGAAACCCCCAGCCUUGACCAUGGAGUUGAGCUUACUGCUACAACAUACAGACUGGAAAAUGUGGAAGAUUCAGACGUAAAGAAAGAAGACACACGCGAGGAAUCAAGGGAUGAUGGUAGAUGUGCUAAUUCCUUUGUCGAUGACGACAGUGAUGACGUCAAUAAUGACACGAUGCAGAAACCUGUAUUCCAUGGUUUGUUUGAACCUCUAAAGGCAGAGGGUAGCGCCAAGAGUGAAGCAGCCAUCGUUGAAAGUCAUGAUCUUGAACACGAUGUUGGAACAUACAUCAAAGAGCAAUCAUCAAUCCUGUCCGACGAAAGCGACAACGAGGACAAUGUCAUGUCGUUCACAGACGAAUCGCUUGGUGGUGAAGAACAUUUUGUUGGAAACCCGACACCAAAGGCAGAGUCUUUAGAUAGUGGUUGUGAGGAGGAGCAGGCGUGUCUGGCGUCUUCUAGAAAGUCUUCGUCCUCUUCCUUCUAUUCUUUCUUGUCUUUCUUCUCAUUCUCUUCAUCGACAUCGUCAAGUCCCAGCUCCUCAUCGGAUAAUACCAAAAUGGAGAAAUGUGACGGAGAAGAGGAAUUUGCUAUGCCAAAAAUUGAAACAGUCGAUUCAGAAGCAGUGGAUAGCCUGUAUUGCGAAGAUGGGGUAGGAAAGGAGGAGAAAGAUACUCCACUUGAUAUUGGAGUGACUCCCAGUUCCCGUAAGUUAUCGCGAGACUUCUCGAGGUCAAGUUCAACAUCGUCAUCUUCAGAUUCAGUUCUCUUUGCGACGCCAACGAGGCUGUCUUCGGGAGAGCUAAGCCGUGUGAAGUAUUCCAACAGCCCACUCAACAAGUACGACGGGUCUCCGGACAUGCGCAUUCGUGUGAACAGGAGCAGCAUGCUCGGCUCCCCUGACGGAAGCCCCAGAAAUACGAACGGAACGCCCGACAUGCGCUGGGCGGAGAACAGGGAAUCGCUCUGCGUGAAAUCCCCGCAAGGAGUGCCGCUAAACGUGAACAGGUCUCCGGACAUGAGAUGGAAGUUCAACAGGGAUGCACUUUUGCAGAAGUCUCCACAGGGGGCGCUCCUGAACGUGGACGGUACUCCAGACAGGAGGUUCAAGGUCACACGAAAUCACGCGAGGAGAGGACGAAGUAACGCGAGCACAAGGACACUAGUCUUCACUUAGGAUAUAUGAAUAUAUAUACAUUACCACCAUCAGAUUUCUACCACUACGUGGACCAAACGACGUUGCUGACAAAGCUAUUUAUCGAUGUAUGUGCGAUAUUGCAUUCAGCAACACACCAGUUACUUCGACAAAGGAUUUUCUACCAAAGAAUAGAGAUCUAAAGGCAUGAUUUCCAUUACAACUGGUAUUAAAAAUCAAGGAUUUUUUUCAUAUUGUAUAUUAUGUAUUUAUGUUAAAUUCAUAUAGUUCUAUAUAAUACAAAUAAGUGUGAUAAUUGUGUCUCAAAGGAAAUAUAUAAACCCUAUGAUAUUUCCCUAACGUAUGCUUUUGUGAAAGCCGCUAUUGCGUGAUGAAAGCGAGCUUGCAUAUGCCUGGAUGUAUCUAAUAUGGCUGAACAUAUGAAAGCAUUUUCAGGAGGAACAUGAAUGUUAUAUCAUGUCAAAAUAAACGUUGUUUCUGUGCUUUGA